ACAGGACUUGCGCGGUGUACGACAGAGCGCGAGCGCCAGCGGCACACACUGUAACCGUAGGAGAAGAGCGUACACGGGGCACGAGCCGGACCGUGACCGGGUUAUGGCAUGAAUCUGAGACGUGAAACGCGGUGAGCAGCUGAACCCAUGCACGUCUUGACUCAGGCAGCUCAGAGAUGCGGAGCCAUCGGUGUUCGGCUCACUCGUGUUAUUUGCGUUAUUUGACUGUUUGCUUAACUGGGUGUCCUGGAUCUCUCAGUCACACCCUGUGUGUGUUCAGACCAAGCUGCUACCAUCAGCUCUGUACACAGGGUUAAAUGCUGGACCUGGCUGAGGAAAGCAGCACUGCAAAACCACCGGGAAGCCAAGCAGGAUGUCUUGGGUCAGUGGCUUUUUAGUCACCCGUGCAGAUGAGCACAAGACGGCAUGGGGCGAGCGGAAUGGCCGUAAGCGGUGGCGUAAGAGGGACUGGCGCCGGCGCUACAUGAGCUGCCUGGCUGACCCUGAAGCCGCCGAAGCGCCGCCCCACGCAGGAGCCGGUGCCGGUGCAAGCACCUUCAGCACACGCUGUGUCUGGCAAGAGGACCACUAUGGGAAGAAAGGAGAUCUAGCCAUUGAGGAUGGUGAAUCCAAGAGGAUGAAGGAGGACGAGGAGGAGGAGAAGGAAGAGGACAGGGAAGUGGGAACGGCCGUUUUAGGGUGCCUGUGGCAGCUUGCGAACGUUUUCCAGUCCAAGCAAUUCGAGUCAGCCAAACUGGAGCGCCUCUACCAACGCUAUUUCUUCCGGUUGAACCAGAGCUCUCUGACCAUGCUCAUGGGUGUGCUCGUGCUCGUGUGUGGCCUCAUGCUGACAUUUCACUGUGUGCUCAGGACUCAGGAUGUAAAUGUCGCCUAUGUGUCAGUACUUUCUGUAGCAAUGGCACUCUUCCUGGCCAUGAUGGUGGUGUGUAACCGCACCGGCUUCCACCAGGACUGCAUGUGGGUAGUGAGCUACCUAGUGGUGGUGGUCCUGGUGGUCGUUCAGUCGUUCGGCGUCUUCAUGGUGGAACCACGCAGUGCCUCCGAGGGCGUCUGGACUUCCGUGUUCUUCGUCUAUAUCACCUACACGCUGCUGCCCGUGCGCAUGACAGCGGCGGUGCUGUGUGGAGUGGCGCUCUCCUCCAUCCACCUGAUCACAGCCUGGCAAAUCAACCAGGAGGACAACUUCCUCUGGAAACAGUUAUGUGCAAAUGGACUGAUUUUCCUUUGCACCAACAUCAUUGGGAUCUGCACACACUACCCAGCUGAGGUGUCCCAGCGACAAGCCUUUAAAGAGACCAGAGGCUACAUCCAGGCCCGAAUCCACCUGCAGAGAGAGAACCAGCAGCAGGAGCGCCUUCUGCUUUCAGUGCUGCCCCGACAUGUUGCCAUGGAGAUGAAGGAAAAUAUAAAUGCCAAGAAGGAAGAUAUGAUGUUCCACAAGAUCUACAUCCAGAAACACGACAAUGUCAGCAUCCUCUUUGCAGACAUCGAAGGCUUCACAAGUUUGGCAUCACAGUGCACAGCGCAGGAGCUGGUGAUGACACUUAAUGAACUGUUUGCUCGUUUUGACAAAUUAGCCUGGGAGAACCACUGUCUCAGGAUAAAGAUCCUGGGCGAUUGUUACUACUGUGUGUCUGGCUUGCCUGAGCCGAGAGCAGAUCACGCUCACUGCUGUGUAGAGAUGGGAGUGGACAUGAUAGAGGCCAUCUCUUUGGUGAGAGAAAUCACCGGGGUCAACGUGAACAUGCGGGUGGGGAUCCACAGCGGGCGCGUGCACUGCGGGGUUCUGGGACUACGCAAGUGGCAGUUUGAUGUCUGGUCCAAUGACGUCACACUGGCCAACCAGAUGGAGGCUGGAGGCAAAGCAGGACGUAUCCACAUCACUAAAGCUACACUGCAGUAUUUGAAUGGAGACUACGAGGUGGAGCCGGGCUUUGGCGGAGAGAGGAACGCCUACCUCAAAGACAACAAUAUCGAGACCUUCCUGGUGCUCGGCUGCAGCCAGAAAAGGAAAGAAGAAAAAGCUAUGAUGGCUAAGCUGCAGCGUGCCAGAGCCAACUCUUCUGAUGGGUUAAUGCCCCGCUGGGUGCCUGACAGAUCCUUCUCCAGGACCAAAGACUCCAAAGUUUUCAGGCAGAUGGGCAUUGAUGAAGCCUCAAGCAAAGACAACCGAAGUGCUCAGGAGGCCCUGAACCCAGAGGAUGAGGUAGACGAGUUUUUGGGACGUGCCAUCGAUGCUCGCAGCAUCGAUCAGCUACGCAAGGACCACGUCAAAAAGUUCCUGCUCAGGUUUCAGACACCGAUUCUGGAGAAAAAGUACUCUAAGAAGGUGGACGAUCGAUUCGGGGGUUAUGUAGCCUGUACGCUGGUGGUGUUUUGCUUCAUCUGCUUUAUUCAGAUCACCAUUUUCCCACACACAACACUAAUGCUUGGCAUCUUCAUCAGUAUCUUUAUAAUCCUUGCCAACAUCCUCUUCGUAUGUGCCAUCUACUCCUGUAUUAAGCUCUUCCCUGUGGUCUUGCAAUCAGUGUCAAAGAAGAUAGUCGAGUCUCGCACUAACAGCACGUUAGUAGGAAUCUUCACCAUCCUGCUCGUGUACCUCUCAGCGUUUGCCAACAUGUUUACAUGUGAGAAGGACGAUCUGGUUCAGUGUGUAGCAAAGGACCAGAACAUCUCUGAGAUCAAUGUGACACUGUGUAUUCUGAACAACCUGACCCGAACGGCAGACGACACACUCACACUCUGUGCCGGCCACAAAAUACCGUGUCCUUUCCCUGAGUAUUUCACCUACAGUGUGCUGCUGACUCUGCUGGCCUGCUCUGUCUUCCUGCACAUCAGCAGUAUAGGCAAGCUGGCAUUAAUGCUGCUCAUUCAGCUCAGCUUCCUGCUGCUGGUCGAGUGGCCUCUCGUGGUGCUGUUCGAUAACGCCGACCUGCUGGUGUCCGCCAACGCACUGUCUGGUUUCAAUAAAACAGAGGCUUGCCCUGAGACUUUGAAUAAGGUGCCGCUGAAGAUGAUGACUCCAGUAAUCCUUACCGUAUUUGUGCUGGCGCUGUAUCUGCACGCACAGCAGGUCGAAUCCACCGCACGCCUCGACUUCCUGUGGAAACUGCAGGCUACAGAAGAGAAAGAGGAGAUGGAGGAGCUGCAAGCCUAUAACCGUCGUCUCCUUCAUAACAUCCUGCCGAAAGAUGUGGCUGCCCACUUCCUGGCCCGAGAGCGCCGCAACGACGAGCUUUACUACCAGUCAUGUGAGUGCGUGGCUGUGAUGUUCGCCUCCAUCAGUAACUUUUCCGAGUUCUACACAGAGCUCGAGGCCAAUAACGAGGGCGUGGAGUGCUUGAGACUGCUCAACGAGAUCAUCGCCGACUUUGAUGAGAUCAUCAGUGAGGAUCAGUUCAAGCAGCUCGAGAAGAUCAAAACGAUAGGAAGCACGUACAUGGCAGCGUCAGGCCUGAACGACUCGACAUUCGACAGAGAGGGCCGCUCACACAUCUUGGCACUAGCCGACUACGCCAUGAGGCUACGAGAGCAGAUGAAGUACAUCAACGAGCACUCGUUCAACAACUUCCAAAUGAAGAUUGGGCUAAACAUAGGGCCUGUGGUAGCUGGAGUGAUCGGAGCUAGAAAGCCGCAGUAUGACAUCUGGGGAAACACGGUCAACGUGGCGAGUCGCAUGGACAGUACGGGAGUACCCGAUCGCAUCCAGGUGACCACUGAUCUGUACCACGUGUUAGCCAGUAAAGGCUACCAGCUGGAGUGCCGUGGCCUCGUCAAAGUCAAGGGGAAAGGGGACAUGACCACUUACUUUCUCAACAGUGGCCCUUCUAGCAGUUAACACUGACCACACGCCUCCAGUUGCACUGAAUUGAACAGAGAUGAAACUCUGAAUGGAACGUCAAGCGCACUUUUUUUUUUCUUUUUUUUUGCCAGUUUGGAGUAUAACCACUGAAGGGCUCGCAGCUGAGUCACGUAACGGAGGUGUUGAAUACAUGCACACACUGAGAAUAUGUUCUCAUUCUUAGCUGCUCUCACAGACUGUCUGAUCGAGUGAGCUGUCUAAGAGCCGUGGCCUUAGAUGGAAACGAGAAGGAUUGCAUUGAAAAAUUUUUUUUCGUUUUUUCAAAAAUCAACCGAUUUUUAAGGAAACACUUUAAUGACGAAAAAAAAUGCACAAAUACACAUAUAUGCAAGGAUGAAGUAAGAAUGCAGAUGACCAAAGAACAAAAAAUGUUUGAUAUAGGAACACUACAUAUGUUUCAUAUGUCUGAACAAUUGCCAGUUGACAGAUUGACUGAUUUUUUUUUUUUUUUUUUUUUUUUUUUUUUUUAAUGAUUGUCAACACGACCACACAUUUUGUUCUCUGAUGCAAUUAAGGCUCUUUCUUGCCAUGUACAAUGAAGGCUUCAGACACCAGAGAGAGGGAUAUUUGAACUAACUUUUAUUCAUGGCUUAUUGGUACAUUUUUAUAGUGUUUUUGGGGGACUCUGGGAACCAUGAAGUAAAGCAACUAUAUGAAGGACAAACAUUGACUUUGGGCAUGGGAAAUGUAUUUUAUUGUUUAUGUUGUCGUAAGUUAAAUGUGUGUGGGUGUAUGUGUGAGAUAGAGUGAGUGAGGGAGUGUGAAUCCAUUGUCAUCUUUAAAGGGCAUAACUUGUCACUGUGAGAUUUAUAUAAUCUAUGUGCAAUUACUUUAUUGCCAAAUCGACUGCUCCCAGGCAUGUCUGACUUUCGUUAUCGAUAUUUCUUUCUCUGUUCAUUCCUCGUAAACGAAUUCAUUUCCUUAGUUUGAUUCCAAUCCCUUGUUAACGUCUAAAAGAAAUAGCUAGCAGAGAUGUUGCCACAGUGCUGUUUUUAAUGCUUAAUACACUCACCGUAUUUUGACCCUUCUGAUAAAAAAGGUUUCCGUCUACAGCAGGGGUGUCAAACUCAUUUUAGGUAAUUACACUCAGUCUAAUGUCAAGUGACCAAAAACAACAACAACAACAACACAGUGACCAAUAACACGUCAACUCCUCUGAAAUGUGUUCAUGUAUUUAAAUGUGUAUUUAUCUGUAAGGUACGUUCUGAACGCACAGAUGGAUUGAUCGGACAGUCACGUAUCACGUACAAAACAAAUGAACACAGCGCAGUUCAUUACCUAGAAAUAUCGUACAAAUUAUGGUUUUACCAUACAGUGUGUUGCAUAAGUAUGCAACACACACACACACACACACAUUUUGGCGUAUUACAACUUGGAGCUGAAACCUAAUUGGGAUUAUAUGUCAGAAUCUUUGAUUACUAAUGAAGAAUUUCAUUAGCACAUUUUGUCAGUUUAUGGAUCCAAGUUUUGCAAUUCUACAAGCCCAUUUUUACUUAGAACCCGAAUUGUUGGGGGGUGGGGGAGUUUGACACCCCUGAUCUACAAUGUGUGAUAGUGUAAAAGCGCCAGUGUGUAAAACAGUGUGUUUGUCAAACGUACACCGAUUUAAGCAGCUUUCUAAAGCUCUACAGAGUGACACGUAUUGAAAGGAUUAUAUAACAAAACAUUGGAAAACACACCAGUCUGGUUAUCUCUAAAAAGUGUUGCUAUCAGGACAAAAUGUUCCCACUUUACCAUUAUCACCCAAUAACAAUACAUACAAUCUGACACUGACAUCAGGUAUCAGUCUGACACUGUACUCCUACUCGUAAAUGUUAUGUUAAACAAACCCAACGCUAACGUAACGCAACAUUAAAAAAAAAAAAGUGGGAAAUAAGGAAGUCCUUUGACAAUUUAAUGGCAACAAUAAACUAUCUGAACUCACUGACUGUUCCUUGUUAGUUCUAUGUUGUUUAAGUAUCACAGGUCAUAUUUUACUGAAACGUACUGAAAUUUUUAUGUUCCAUUUGAACUCAGUGAUAGUGUUGUUUGAUUUUGUUAAAAAAAAAAAAAGAAAGAAAGAAAAAAAAAGUGGAAACCAAUGAUGAUGAAAAAAAAUAAAACACACUGUCUUCAGUAUCACUGAUCUCUCAAUUACUAGAACAGUGAGCACAAUCGUGCCAGCGCGAUAUGUGUUUAUAAUAAAUAGUAUUGUAAAUACAGGGUGUCCCAGAAGUCUCCAUACAUAGGGCAAAUGAACACUUUUGAGCAAAAUGUUCAUACUUAGUUUAUAUUAAAUAUAUAAAUAUAUAUAUUUUUUAUCAGAUAGCCUUUAAGAACGCCUUUGACAAAAGAAGAACGUACUGAAAUCAUUCUCAUGGCUGGAUCAGGAAGCUGUCGCAAGGUUGCGAUGGAUUUCAACAGUGAACGUGUCAAUCACGACACUGUUACCAAACUUAUGAACAAAUUCAAAAAGUCUGGAAGUGUCGCAGUCGACGAAGGCACAACCGACGUGGUGUUGGCAAACAUAGUCCCCUAUAUAUGGAGACUUUUAGGACACCCUGUAGAAAAACUAUUAUUAAAAAGUAGUUCAUGAGGCCCAUUCUUCUCCUUCUCAUAUUUGCAUUACUAUGAAAAUGUAGCAUCUUUUUUUUUUUUUUCACCUGAUCUCUUAUAAAGUUAAAAUAUUCCAAAUUAAAUCCCACUGUAAAGAA